UUCAUGGCCAACGUGUUCCAGUUCUGCUUCAUCGUCCUCCCCAUGAUGUUUUCUCUCAGCGUGUUCAACGUCAUCACUGACAGCAUGCUGACAAAGACUGUGCCUUCCUCCGAUACCGGCACGAUGCUGGGCCUGUGUGCCUCUGUGCAGUCUCUGCUCCGCACCAUCGGCCCCACUAUUGGAGGCUUCUUGUAUCACAACUACGGAGUGGCCUCUUUUGGGUUCAUCCAGUUUGCCGUGAACAUGGUCGUGUUUGUGUUUAUGCUUAGAAAUAUGGUCAACAGCAAAGAUGAGCACAGAGAAUGACAUUCCACAGACUUAAAUACAUAGGGCAUUUUAAAAGUGACCUAAAUAUAAUUUUAUAUUAUCAGAGAAUGUAAUUAUAUUUCUAUAAUGGACAAAAAUAUAAAAUGCAACAUAGUAAAAA